AUGGCCACCGGCGGCGACUCCCAACUCUUUGAUGAACACUUCACAGUGACGACCUUUGACCAAAGCAAAUAUGACCGCGUCGCGCGCAUUGGAGGAACAUCAGGCGACUCGCAAACCGUCAUGACACUGGACAUCAACACCGAACUGUACCCAUGCUCCGUGGGCGACAAUCUGCACGUCGUGCUGGCGAACUCGCUCUCGUUGGAUGGAUCGAAGGAUGAUGGGAAGGGAUGGAGAGAUGUCAGUCGGAAUGGACCGGGUGGGGAGACGACGUUGGCGGAUAUGUUUGAUUAUGUUUGCCAUGGCAAGAUCUACAAGUUUGAGGAUGGGAAUGAUGGGAACACGAUGUGA